CGGAAUACCCUGUUGCCUUAUGACAUAUCACCAUGGGCGCUCUUCUCCCUUCGGUGGCCAUUGCGACGGCCGUGGUGGUGCUGGUGUUCCGCUUCUUGGGCAGAUUAAGCUCACCACCUGAAUUGAAACCUGCCCUGCAAGAUUCCACACCGCCAAUUCCUCAUCCUCUGGGUGAAAGGCUAGUGAAGGCUCUCCCGCAAGGGAGUGUGCUACUCCUUCAUCGCGAUGGCGAACUCUUCCGCCAAUCGCUUAGCACCUAUUUCGCCCGACAGGAGCGCGAUGUGAUUCAAGCGGUCAUUGUCCAGCCACGCACUACUCAAGAGGUGUCGACCGCGAUCCAAAUCCUCAAGGGGGAGCAUCAGCGGCGACAAAGCUCAGGAGCGAUGUCCGACGACGUUCUGUUUGCUGUUCGAGGCGGAGGCCAAUCCCCACUGACGGGAGCUGCGAGUGCCAAGGGCGGCGUACUGAUCGAUCUCACCCACUUCCGCGAGGUGAUGGUCGCCGAGGACCGAGAAAGUGUAGUGAUUGGAGCUGGAUCCCGGUGGGGCGAUGUCUCGCGCAUCUUGGACGAAUUAAAUCUCGGGGUGGUGGGAGGCAGAAGUGCCGAUGUCGGAGUGGGCGGGUUUACUCUGGGAGGCGGAAUCUCCUUCUUCACCCCCCGGUACGGGUUAGCAUGCUCGAAUGUCAUUGCCUACGAGGUUGUUCUGGCCUCCGGGGAGAUAGUCACGGCCACAGCGAGCUCCCAUCCGGAACUCUGGCGGGCAUUGAAGGGUGGCUCCAACAAUUUCGGCGUCGUUACUAGAUUCACCGUGCGCUGUUUUCUCUCGAGCCCCAUCUGGAGCGGUUACAUAUACGCACCCGGCUCGCAAUGCUCCAAGGCUCUUCUGGCUCUACAUGACAGCGUCAAGCGGAUGGAUCCUAAGAGCAGCGGUGCGGAGGUGGACAGUUAUGCUGCGGGAGCCAUUGUCUGCGAUGUUUAUCUUCAGCCCAUCGGUAUGCGGCUGCUUGCUCUACAGCUGGCUUAUACCAAGACACCAGAAUCCCCGAAAAAAUGGCCGGCCUUUUGGCAACGUUCUGGCUUCUCCGCCCUGUGGAGAUACUGGAGCACCCACAGGGUGCAAUCUGUCACUUCCGCCGUCGAGGAGGUUAACCGAGGCUGUUGGCCCAGUAAGCGAAGCUCGUUUGGGACUACCACCAUCAAGAAUGACUUGGCUACCAUCAUGGCUGCCCGCAACGUUUUUCGAGAGGCAACAGCGUCCCUGCGCAAGGUGGAGGGCUCCAUGUGGACAAUGGUCGUGCAGCCUCUGCUGCCCUCGUGGACCGCAAAGGGCGACCCCAAUGUCAUCGGUGUCCACGAGAGCACAGACGAGCCUUUAAUCGUCGUGAAUCUGUCCAUUGACUGGGACGGGGCUCAUAACGACGAGUACGUUUACUCGGUGGUUCGUGGGAUUCUGGACAAAGUGAACGCUAUCGCUGAAGCCAAUGGCACGAGCCAUUCUUACCGCUACUUGAACUACUGCGAGAAAUGGCAGUGUCCAUUGGUUGGGUACGGCGAGCAGAACUUGGAGUUCCUGAGGAAGAUAGGCCAGCAGUAUGACCCCGACGGGCUAUUUCAGACAGGCUGUACUGGGGGCUUUAAGCUGGGCCCGUCCUCGGCGUCGGUGGAUUAGUCGCUAGAGACGCUCGAGGGGUAGCUAUCAAUUUGUAUAAUAUGUGUCUCGUUGACCACAGUUGGAAUAGUCAAACGGACGAAUAGUUGAGUCGAGUAUAUGAGAUGUACAGCGCUACGCCUCGGUGGAAGCGAUGAUAACGAGCAACCCACAGACCUCAGCACAAGAU